AUGGAGCUCAAGCGCAAAUUCAAGCUGGAAAACUUCUGCCUCACCUGCUCCACCCAAUCGCUGUGUCAUGCUCUCCGCCUCCAAUCCCAGCGCUGGUCCUGGACCCGGCGUGUUCAAUCAUCAAUCAACCAAGCUCCGCUUAUAAGGGUCCACACCCUCGCCAGCAGCCGCUCUCCAGCUGUGCGCAACUGGUACGCUUCUCAAUGUCUGACUUCGAGUCCGAUGUCCUUCUUGCUUCUCCGGCCGCCCCUCGCGGGGUCCCGGAUACCCUUCCCUCCUCUCCGGCCUUCGAUCUCCUCAAGUGGCUUCACUAGCGGCGCUCCUCACUCUCGACGACUCCUCUCCGUCUCCUUUGCCUCCGUCUGCUCCUCUUCCUCCUCCAGUCAGCGGGAAGAGAACCUGCAAGUCCUCCGCUCCUCCCGCAAAGCGUCGCAAGGGCCGCCCCUCCUCCUCUCAGUUAACCAGAUGUCUUCCCGGGCCCGCUUCUGCUUCAGCGUCGGAUCCUACCCCUCUUCGCCAGGAUCUCACUUCCGCUCCGGAGGCUCCCGGCCCUUCCUCAGACCUCGGCUCUCUCCUCCCUCCAGCCUCUGCAGCUCAGGAACACCUCCUCACGUCUUCACUCGUCACCUCUAUCGACACUCUUCAACGUUCCGUCUCCAUGCUCUCAACUCUCCUGCAGCAGGGCGUUUCCAGUGCCGUGGCCACGUCCUCGGUUCCCUUCUCUCUCGGACCUGCCAUUUCCCCGCCCGCUCCUCAACCACCUCCAUCAGCUUUCACUCUCGCCAGCGCUCGUCCUGCGCCCCCUUCUGCGUGUAUAGGGACGUCAUUUGUUCCGUUUAUCCCAACCGCCGAAUCGAACUGGACACUUAUCUGGCUUUGAUUGCCGAUCUUCAUCUUCAAUACGGCAGGUCCCUGUUUUAUCAGUAUCAUAAGGCUUUUGCUAACAAGCCGCUGGCGUUUUGUCUCGUCAUGGCCAUCAAAGCGCUUUUUGCCCUUCUCUGCCUUUCAAGUCUGGACUUCCCGCCGCAGCUCCUCCGCAGCCGCUCCUUAAGUCUAACCCGGUCGAUCGUUACGGCAGACAAGUGCGGGUUCUCAAUACUUCUGCAGAGACGCCCAUCCCAAGUCGGUCUGCCCCCGCUGCACCUUUCCCGGCAGGAGCCGUCGAGGCUCCAGGAUUUAGUUUCUCGCUUUCUCUCCACCCCCAUCCAUGUCCCCGUAUUAGCUUCCUUUUUGACUCAUUACCCCGAUCGUUCGUUUGUUGAUUUUCUUAUCACUGGCCUCACUCAGGGUUUUUUCAUAGGCUUACCCCAACUUCCUGCUUCUUCUCUGGUCAUCCCUAAUCUUCAAUCAGCGCUAAACGACCCAAACGCUGUGUCUCAGUUGCUGCAAAAAGAAGUAUCUAAGGGUUACGUCAUCGGCCCCUGCGCUUCUCCCCCCUUUUCCCACUUUCGUGUUAACCCUCUCGGAGUCGCAGUUCGCAAAUAUUCCGGAAAAAAACGGCUAAUUCUAGAUUUAUCUGCACCUCAUUCUGGUCCCCACCUCAGCAUUAAUAGCCUUAUUCCAAAGCCGCCCUUCUCGCUUCAUUACGCAACUAUAGAUCACGUUGUCGCGCUGAUAAAAACGGCCGGUCCGGGUGCGUGGCUUGCAAAAGCCGACAUCACCGACGCUUUCAAAAUCAUGCCAGUACACCCCUCCCAAUGGCAUCUGCUGGGCGCAAAAUGGGACGCUAAGUUCUAUUUUUUCGUGCGUUUAAGUUUCGGAUGCAGAAGCAGCCCCAGCCUCUUUAAUUCCUUAUCCGAAGCAUUAUGUUGGAUCCUUUUGAAUGUCGUUAGACUUCCCUUUGUUCUCCAUCUUCUCGACGACUUUCUCCUUAUCGAUCCACCCUCUCAUUCUUCACGCUCCCUCUCCGAACUGAAAGCUCUUUUCAAUCGUGUUGGCAUUCCCCUCUCCGAGGAGAAAACCGUCGGUCCGUCAAAAAGGCUGGAAUUCCUGGGUAUCACAUUAGAUUCCAAAGAAAUGGUAGCUUCACUGCCAGCCGAUAAGCUAUCUCGGAUUCGCGAGAUUUCUCAGGCUCAUCUGUCUUCCACGACCCUUUCCAAGCGUCAGCUUCUAUCUUUGCUCGGGCAUCUCAACUUUGCUAUGCGCAUAAUCCCCCAAGGGCGCUCGUUCAUUUCUCGGCUGCUCGAUUUAGCGAAUUCAGUUCCUUCCUUGUGCGAUCAGGUCGUUUUAGAUGCCGGUUGCCGCUCCGAUCUCGCGUUCUGGUCCUCACUGCUUAACUCCUGGAACGGUAUCUCUUUUUUUUAUGAUGAUGUCAUUCUCUCGGCAGAUUCUAUGCAGUUUUUCACGGACGCAGCCCCGUCCGCAGGUUUCGGGGGCUUUUUUCAGGGAAGCUGGUUCGCAGAGAAAUGGCCUCAUUCGAUUCCAAAGUCCGAGUCCUCUGCCUUUUAUGAAAUCAUUCCCAUCGCCGCAGCCUGCUGCCUCUGGGGAAGGCAGUGGAAACGUAAGCACAUUGUAGCUUUCUGCGAUAAUGCAGCAGUCGUCGAAGCUAUUAACAAAGGCCGCUCCUCUUCCAAAUCUAUCAUGCCUUUUUUACGGCGUAUUACUUGGCAAUCCGUGGUUAAUAACUUCAUCCUCUCUGCACGCCACGUCCCAGGUCAUUCUAACGCCAUUGCUGAUGCUCUGUCUCGCCUUCAGCUCCAGAUCUUCCGUCGUGUUUGCCCUUCAGCAGACCUCCUCCCGACUUCAGUUCCCUCUUUCGAAGAUCUCAUCCUGAAUUGAUCUCCCCCUCUCUUCAGCCUUUACUCCAGUCUGCAAAAUUUUACGUUAAGAACGGCCUCGCGCCAUCUACAUUCAAAUCCUAUACAUACGCCUGGCUCAAGUAUGCUAAAUUCUGUUCCCUCCACGAGACCCCACUCUAUCCUAUCCGAAUUAACACGAUCGUAGCCUUCAUUACCUACUGUUUUGAGCACCUUAAUCUCACGCCCACUUAUAUUCGCAGCCUUCUCGCUGGGGUUAAUUUUUUCUCCCAGCUUCAGCAGACUUCCUCCUCACAAAGCCUCUUUUCUAACCACGUGAUAAAGCUGCUCCUGAAGGGCAUUUCCAAAAGUCACCCGUCUCUACCAGAUAGCAGGAAACCGAUCACACUUCCUAUCCUCAUUAACUUGCUCAGUACUCUUAAUCGCAGUUUCUAUUCUCCUUAUCUUAAGAGCCUCCUUAAGAGCUCUUUCCUAUUAGCCUUCUAUGGUCUCCUUCGUUUGGGAGAAUUCACAUCCCCGAACAACACUUUUAUUUCUUCCAGAGACUUAGCCGUUUCUGACCUUAGUUUUCACCCAGACUUCUACAGCUUAUCCCUUAAGCAUUCUAAAACUAAAGGCGCCUGUACCAUCGUCGUGGCCCGCACGAAUGGUCAGCUCUGCCCCUUCCGGGCCAUGUUUAAGUUUGCGCUUUUGAGACAUCAACUGAGUGGCCUCCCUGACCCUCUUUUCUUAACCCCAGAAGGCUUGAUCAUGUCCGCUGCAUGGUUUCUCAAACAUCUGAGAUUUCUGCUAGCUGCAUGCCACCUCCCCCCUA